AUGGCAGAUUCAUCCGCGAAUCUUGUUUUGCAAUAUCAUGUCCGGUCCAUUAGUUUGCCUUCCCGGUUGCCCCCUCAUUCUAUCAAAAUUGAAGCUGAGUUAAACAAGCUAAAGAGUUGGGAAACAUCACUAGUUUCAACAACAAAUUCUGUAAGUGCAGAGACAAUUAAAAUUGGUCUGCUUGGGCUUGCAGAGUUGUACAAUUGUGUUGAGGAACUCAUUCACUCUCCACUCACGCAGCAAGCUAUUCUCCUACCUCAGAAUGGAGGGCUAGUGGAAGAGGCACUUGAGGGGUCAGUUGGAUUGCUGGAUUCGUGUGGCUCUGCGCGAGACUUGUUUGGGAUGAUGAAGGAAUGUGUCCGAGACCUUCAAUCAGCAUUACGUAGGAAAGGUGGAGAUUCAAGCAUUGAAAGCAACAUUGGUGCUUAUAUGUGCUUCAGGAAAAAAAUGAAGAAGGAUGUAACCAAAUGCCUUAGAGCAUUAAAGCGAAAGGAAAGCAAAACCGGAUCAUCUACUCUCUUAGAUAUAGAACACUAUCCAAUGAUGGUCAUGAGAGUGCUAAGAGAAGUAACUUCCAUUACCAUCUCUGUCUUUCGAUCCCUUUUGUUGUUCUUGUCUGCCUCAUCUUCGAACACAAAGUCCGGAGGGUGGUCACUAAUUUCAAAAUUGAUGCUCACAAGGUCAGAAGCUUCGGAAAGAGGCCAGAAGACUUUCAAUGAAGUAGGGAGCGUUGAUUUCGCUCUGCAGUCCCUUCAUGGAAGCAUUCAGAGAAAUGAUGCCAAGGUUGAUCUCCAAAUGGCCCAAAGGAGAUUGCAGACACUUGAUGCUAGCAUUGGAAGUCUUGAGGCCGGAUUGGAUUGUGUGUUUAGGCGCCUUAUUCAAAAUAGAGUCUCCCUUCUUAACAUCCUCACUCAUUAA